CAAGAAUUUGCCGCAGGUGCUGGACGGCCCCGGGAGGUCCGUCGUUGAGAUUGUUAACUCUCCGUGGGCGAGUUGCGCGUGCACUCUUCGGCGCACGGGCGAGCCACCUCUGAUCCCAGUCAAGGCAUGCGCUCGCGCAAGCCUGCGGCCCACCAAAAUACAACACGACCCCCUCACCUCCGCGCGCAGUCACCUCAUGGCCCUCAAUGCGCACGGAGACCAGGCGCACUUCCUGCCCCUCCGUAGCCAUUUUGGCUCAAGCUGCUUUCACUUGCCCUCGAGCUACAGCGCCGCAGGGAUGGCGGCGCGGACGUGCCUCCUGGCGAUGUGGCUCGCGGCGGGCGCAGCCGCGGCGGGUCCCGAGGCGCUGCGCGCGGAGGUCGCGGCGCUGCGCGAGGAGCUGCGCGAGGAGCUGCGCGCGGAGCUGCACGAGGAGCUGCGCGCUGGCCUGGAGGCCCGGCGCCUGAGCGCCAGCCCGGAGGUCGCGGAGCUCCGCGAGGAGCUGCGCGCGGAGGCGGAGCAGCUGGCGGCAGACACGGAACAGCGCUUCGCUGGCACGGAGAGCGCGAUGACGUCCUCAUGGCUGAUCCUAUGUGGAGCGCUUGUGAUGUUCAUGCACGCGGGCUUCUCCAUGCUCGAGAGUGGCAGCUGCAGGGCAAAGAACGCGUCGAACGUGCUGAUGAAGAAUCUCGUCAAUGUGUGCAUGGGCACGAUCGGAUGGUACUGGUUCGGAUGGGCCCUUGCUUACGGCGUUGAUGACCACACGCCCCAGGUGGCGACAGGAGGGAAUGGUUUCAUUGGUACCGACGGCUUUGCUGGCAAAGAUUUCAACAACUACGAAACUGAGGGGGCCAUCGUGUCGAAUGGAGUUGCUCUUAGUUGGUUCUUCCAGUGGGCUUUUGCACCGCCGGCGCGACCAUCGUCAGCGGCGCUGUGGCCGAGCGCGUGCUGAGCCCCACGUACGCUGUCUUCGCCUUCGUGAUGGCGUCUUUCAUUUACCCCGUUGUCGUCGCGUGGACUUGGGGCUACGGGUGGCUCAGCAACUUGUUCGACGCCCAGAUCAUCGACUUUGCGGGCAGCGGCAUCGUGCACCUUACUGGCGGCGUUGCCGGGCUCGCGGGCACAGUCGUGUUGGGGCCACGCAAGGGCCGCUUCGAGAAUCCCGAUCAGUUCGAUGCUCACAGCUUGCCGCUUGUCGUUCUGGGCACCUUCAUCCUAUGGUUCGGUUGGUACGGUUUCAACUGCGGCUCCACCCUGGGGAUGAGCGAAGGCGCUGGCCUUCUUGCCGCCCAGGUGGCCAUGAACACGACGAUUUCCGCCGCGACAGGCGGCAUGGGCGUCUUCUUCCUGCGGUACGUGCUCACGCACACCUACGACGUGGGCGGCCUGUGCAACGGCAUCCUGGCCGGCCUGGUGUCAAUCACGGCCCCCUGCGGCAACGUGGAGGCCAGCAGUGCCCUCUUUAUCGGGCUCGUCGGCGGUUUUGUGUACCAGAGUUGCUCCAUGUUGCUCCAGACGCUCAAGAUCGAUGACCCUGUGGACGCUGUCCCAGUCCACGGCGCCUGCGGCAUUUGGGGCGUGCUUGCCGCGUUCUUCUUCGACUGGGGCGAUGACUUCAAGCACUUCCACGGCUGGAGCGGCUUCGACUGCACGGCCGACCCAGACACAGGGAGCUGCGACGACUACGCUACUGUCAAUGUGCUCGCCGCCCACAUCGUUAUGAUUCUCGCGAUCAUCCUGUGGUCUGGCACCCUCUCUGGCGUCACCUUCUUCGCGCUCAAAAUGACCUGCAAGCUGCGCAUCGACGAGCAGACGGAGGCCAUGGGGCUGGACGCCGCCAAGCACUCCCCGCCCAGGGCGUACACCAUGACGACAAAAGUCGACCAUAUGUAGGCACAGGCCUGGCGAAACAGCAACGGCGGACCUCUUGGGUUCAAGGCGCGGGGUGGAGCCCCGCGGCCGCUUGCUGUCCAGGAGCCAGAGCCAGGGGCUGGAAACCGCCAGACCUGGCCGAACAGCAACGAUGAACCUUCUCCGUCGAAGGGCGGCGGGGUAGAGUCCCGCUGCCGCGUUCUCUUUCAGGAGCCAGCGGCUGGAAUUUACCGCCGUGCACACUUAGAAGUGCGAUGCCCUGGGAAAGAA